AUGACAGAACCGGCUACGCAGCGAAAGGCGAUUAUAAUCCUUGUGACGAUCCUGAUCCUGAUCCUUAAUACGGUGCAGAAUUCCGAACCGGACAAAAGAAUUUCGGCCUUUAUUAACGGCGAUUUCAUCAUCGGCGCACUUUUUCCCUUACACCACCAGCCGUCGUCAAAGAAAAGACUAAUUGCCAGCCUCGGCAUCAGAUGUGGUGAAAUAAGGGAGCUUUACGGCAUUCAAAGGGUCGAGGUGACGCUACAAACGUUAGAUAAAAUUAACCAGAACCCGAAUUUAUUGCCAAACCUCACUUUGGGAGUGGAAAUAAGGGAUGAGUGUUGGUAUGCGCCUGUGGCCUUACAACAGAGCAUAGAGCUUAUUAGAGAUGCCAUUACACCUCUAUCCACUGUGGACAUCUGUCAAACUCAAUCAAGCAAGGACAGAGGACCGCUUAUAGGAGUCGUUGGUCCUGGGUCCAGUUCGGUAGCUCUACAAGUACAAAAUUUACUGCAACUUUUUCAUUUGCCCCAAGUUGGUUAUUCCACAACAAGCAGAGAUCUUUCUGAUAAGAGUCGUUUUAACUACUUUCUUCGCGUAGUUCCCUCAGAUUACUAUCAAGCACAAGUAAUGUUAGAUAUAGUGAGAUACUUUGGUUGGACCUAUGUAUCUGCAGUUAACACUGAUGAAAACUACGGCCAAUCAGGUAUUCAAGCAUUCCGGGAGCUUGCAGAAGAAGCCGAUGUGUGCAUAGCAAGAGAAGACUCUGUUUUAAGUAACGCUGCGGAUGAAAUCUUUGACAAGGUUAUCCUAAACUUAAAGCAAGACUCAAAUGCUCUUGUGGUGGUGUGUUUUUGCGAAGGUCUCACCGUUCGUGGUCUCCUCAAAGCUACUAGAAGAUUGAAUAUGACAAACCACUUUUUAUUUAUAGGAAGUGACGGUUGGGCGGACAGAGGCGACGUGACGCGCGGAUACGAAGAGGAGGCCUGGGGCGGCAUCUCCAUCAGAAUUCACUCGCCGCACGUCAAGUCUUUCGACGAUUACUAUUGGUCCUUAGAUCCCGACACGAACAAACGGAAUCCGUGGUUCAGGGAGUUCUGGGAGACGCGGUUUACGUGCAAGUUGACCGAACAACGGAACUCCUUAGCGACGGCGCCGAACUCCACGAGAAACUUCACGGAAGAGGAGAUGGACUUCAGACAGGAGUGCAGUCGUGACCAAAGCUUGUCCGACAAGUAUCGUCAGGAUUCAAAGCUGAGCUUCGUGAUAAAGGCCAUUUACAGUCUGGCCCAUGCGUUACACGACAUGCAGCAGGAUAUUUGCGGACAGGGACAAGUCGGAAUGUGCGAUAAGCUGCUUCCGUUUAACGGAUCGCUUUUCAAGAAUUACCUAAUGAACGUGUCGUUCGAGUACGAGGAGGAAAUAAUAGAGUUCGACGAGAACGGUGAUCCCCCGGGCCGCUACGACAUCAUGAACUUUCAACGUUUGGAGGACGGUUCGUUCGACUACGUCCAGGUCGGCAGUUGGAAUAAUCGCAGCUUGCUCUGGAACAAUUCCCAGAAGGUGCAGUUCGGAAGAAGGCAACAGGGCGUUAAUAGGAGGCCGCGAUCCGUGUGCUCAGAGGAAUGCCCGAAAGGACACUACAAAAAUGUUCAACAAGGCGGCAAGGACAAAAGAUGUUGUUGGGUAUGCGUGCCAUGUCCUGCGGGUGAGAUAUUGGUAAAGGAGGGCGAGAAGUGCCAUCCCUGCCCGCUGGGAUUCGUUCCAGACGAAUUCAGAAUAGUUUGCCGUCUACUGCCCAUCGAAUACGUACAAUGGUUCGACAAACAGGCCAUCAUAGCAAUGAUUUUCGCAUCCAUGGGCUUUCUAAGUACAUCUUUCGCUUUUGCAGUGUUUAUGAAAUAUAACAACACCCCAGUCGUAAAAUCGUCCACCAAAGAGCUCUGCUACAUCAUCUUAGUCGGGAUGACGGUUUCCCAUGCAUCCAUAUUCGCCAUUAUCGCUAAACCCUCAAACUUAUCUUGCGCCUUAACUAGAUUUCUACCCGGUUUAAGUUUUGCUAUGAUAUACGCAGCAUUAUUAACAAAAACUAAUAGAAUCGCAAGAAUUUUAGCGGGCAGCAAAAAAAGAUUUCCAACCAGAAAACCUUUAUUUAUGUCGGCAACUGCACAAGUCUUCAUUACUCUUCUACUUAUAACCGUGGAAGUAUUUAUAUCGGGAUUUAUGCUCCAUUAUCAGUAUCCGGAUAUAAGUCACGUUUAUUAUUUCGAUCGAACCCUUCUAGUAUGCAAUACAACUCUAGAAAAUAUCGUCACACCUCUCGCCUUCGAUUUCUUUUUAAUAAUUCUCUGCACCCUUUACGCCGUUAAAACGAGAAAUGUUCCUGAAAACUUUAAUGAGGCAAAAUUCAUUGGAUUUGCAAUGUACACGACCUGCGUGAUCUGGAUAGCCUUCAUUCCAAUUUAUUUUGGAAGCGACUCUAAAGUAAUCACUAUGUGUAUGUGCGUUACCCUAAGCGCUAUGGUUACAUGGGUAUUUAUGUUUCUGCCCAAACUCUACAUAAUAAUUUUGCAACCAGAACGCAACAACAGGGCUCUAUUUACUACGAGCAAGUCAAUCAGAUGCCACAUUGGGUCGAGGGUGGCGAGUGCUCUAUCGGAAAAGAGCUCUACGAAUAGCUGGAAAGAUAGUAGUACAUCCGCCAGAGAGGUUAAAGAGCCUCAAAUGAGGUCCCUCUCAUGUCAAACGGGAAGUGAGCUGCUACAAGUUAUCCUAAAUCCAAUGGCGUUAAUAGAAACGCGCACACCGGUUUCAAUAAAUAAUUCUUUGGUUCCAAGAAUUACGGAGCACAACUGUUGCGAGUCUGAUAAUUGUCAGAUGAAAAGGAUUACAAUUGAACUGCCAUUUGAUCCCAGCUAUGGAAAUUAGGACUUAAAAUGCAUAAUAUACACUGUAUAUUAUACAGGGUGUCCCAAAAAUAGCGCACUAAUGACUUACCACGCUAUAAAGGCGUGCGCCAUUUUGGGAACACCCUGUAUUAAAAAACACACACUUUAAACUAUUCCAGAUAUUUAAAUAUAAUUUUAUAUUCAAUAAUAAACAUAAUUUUGUUCAAUCAGCUCUUAUUUUCAUGAUAUUGUUUAACAAAGUUUUCGAUAUGCUUACAUUCCAAUUUGUAUAUA